UUGAAACUAGACAGAUGAAGAGAGACGGCAUAUGGGAUCAUUCUGGAAGAAGCUCAGGCAGGUGACUGAGGACAAAAUGCUGUGGUUCAGCUGCACUCACACCAAAUGUUUGCCGGAUGAAGGAGUCAUCAACUUCUCUGAGAUGAGCGCUGGAGUCACGCGGACUGGUGAAAAUGGAGAAGAGGACAACAAAGCUAACGACUGUCGCAGGCGGUUUAGACUCACUCUACAAAAUCAGGACCAGUCAGGCUGCACAUCGGAGCGACAAAGCAAAAAGGAGAACAGCAUAGCAGUAGUGCUGCCACAGAAACCAGAAGAGCAGGAGGAAACACUUGAACUCAUCACUCCCACAGAAGAAAAAGUUGAAAUAAUUAAAGUUUUCCUUGAAGCCCGUCCACAGACAGGAGAGAGUGUCAAGAUGCUGACAGAUGAGGUGUCACAGAUUCAGGAGGUGAGGUACUGUCUGAAGACUCUGAGAGAGCAGAUGGCAGCCAGGCAGAACACUAACAACAACAAGUAUCCAGUCAAUGGCUUCAGAGUCAACAUGCCCAGCAGUCAACCAGUCGUCACCAAUGGCAACAGUUUUCUCAUUGAGUCAGACGCUCAUGUCGGGGAUAAUCAGGAGGAGAGUGUGAGGCUCAGGGAGGUGACCAGGCGUCUGUAUGCCCAGCUGAAGGAGAUGGAGAAGAGGCAUCAGGAGGAGAAGGAGAGUCUGCAGGCCGAAUCAAAUGAGUAUAGCGUCCGUCUGGCUGAGCAGUCUGAGCGGCUGCAGAAGGUGGAGGAGCAGUCGGAGGAGAGGGGUCAGCGGGUGGAGGAGCUGCAGAGGCUGCUGGGAAGCAUGGAAAUCGAGAGCGGCAUCCUCAAAGACAAGAUGGCGGCAGGGGAGGCAGAGCUGCUGCAGCUUAAAGCAGACAGGGAGCAAGGGGGGGAGAACGAGCAGAGGAGUGCAGAGCUGGAGAAGGAGGUGGCCGCCUUGAAGGAAAAGAUUCAUCACCUAGAUGACAUGUUAAAGAGUCAGCAGAGGAAAGUCCGCCACAUGAUCGAACAGCUGCAGAACUCCCGCACAGUCAUCCAAGAGAGAGAGCGGGUCAUCAGAGACCUGGAGGAGAAGGUGGCUUUCCUGGAAGCUGAGAACAGAGAAAUGCAUGACCACAUGCAGUACUUCCUGGCAGGCCAGGACCCUCCACCACUGACAGCCUCAGAGAACAAGCCAGAGGUUGUUUACAGUAAAUCACUCACACCGACGACACACACCAACAAGGCCCUCCCACUCAUCAAAGUCAUUGAGAUCAAGACCUAAAUGGAGUGUCAACCAAAGGAAUCACCAGAAGUAAAAGACAGUGUAAAUAGAUAUUUAAACACCUACCAAUAUAUAAAACGUAGGUCGGCAGUGAUUAAAAAAGGGUGGCUUAACAGACCUCAUGGUGACAAAGCACAUUGGUCUUUUGUUAGUACCUCAUAGUUACUUUUGAGGCUGUUCUGCGUACCUUUACCGGCUUUCUCAGUUUCAAACUAAACCUAAAAAAAUGAAAGUAACGGGGAGUUCAAACUAGGGUCCAAUGGUGGGAAGGAAAAGAAAACAAGGAAGGAGCUGUGCAAUGCAAAUAAUUUUACAGAACUCCUUAGAUAUACAAGGACCCAAACCUGUCAGCAAGAGUUCAGUGAAGUUCCCUGUGUUGUGUCUCACCUCCACUUCUUUCCUGUGCAGAAUCUGAAAUAUGCUUUUUAAAUAGGUCAGUGUAAAAAACAUGGGUUGAGAUAAAAAAUUGUUGUUAUUAUUAUUAUACACUACCACUCAAAAGUUUGGGGUCAUCUGUCAGAAAAGCUUGAUUCGGAACAGUCAGACGACGAUAUUUUUGCAUGGUCUUUCAUGCUUUUAGGUUGUAAAAAGUCCUCUUGUAGAUGUUAAAAUAGAUGUUAUUUUGUAUGAAGGCUUUGCGGUAAAAAAAAAAAAACUUUUGUACAUAGAGAACAAAAUGCUGUACAAGGGUUCAACCCAUAGGCUGUAUAAAUAAAAAUGGACGUUGACCUCACCCAUAGGUUUCUGAAGAGCCGCUUGGUUCAACCAGACUGACAAUUGAAAGGGCAGAAAGAGACAAAGGUGGCCAUAAUAACAGGUGACCCCAGAUCUCUGAGCAGCAGUGUAACUUUGGACAAAUGUACAAAAAAUCACAUUGUGUUUGAGUGUUUUCAGCUCCUCUUCAUCCUACAGCCUACACAGCCACAAUCCUAAGCAGCAGGGUUAAGGGUCAGAUUCCUUAGUGCUUUGCACCUCAUUGCCAAAGGCAGGCACGCAGUUGUCUAUUUCAAUGUUAUGAAUAUGAUUUAUGUUUAACUUAAAUAUAUAUUUCUCCAACAUUAGAGUGGGUCCGAUACAAUAAGAGUGAUAGUGCUUAGAAUUUUGACCUUUAUUUUAGUUACGUUGGAGGAUACUUGUAAAUAUUAUGGCUAGUUGAUAUCAUAAAUCUCAUCUACGCUGCCAUGUGCUGCCUCAACAUUAUAUAUCUCGUUUUGUGCUAAAAUAUUGCAUAUUUAAUAAUAGUUCUUGUGAUUUAAUUGAUAAAUGUACUUAUUUACAUACUUUUGCAUUGUUUGUGUGGAAUUUGCUGUUUUUUUCUGUAAAAUACCUUCUGUUGUAAUGCAGAAUGAACAUUUUUAUAAAAUAACCGUUUACUGUGAACAUUGUUGAUAAAUGUAUUGAAGUUCA